GCCGCUUUGACUCUAUAUAAUCCGCAGGGGUUCGAGUUCCUGGUGUGAGUCUGGGUGAGUUCGCUGAGGGAAUGGAGCGACUGUGCUGCUUAGUGGUCCUGGCUCUCCUCUGCCGGUUCGGUGCCGCUGACACCCCGGCUAACUGCUCUUUCCCCGACCUGGAAGGCACCUGGGAGUUCCAAAUAGGAGAGGGCACCGGGGCAACUCGGGACAAGACCAUUGACUGCUCCCAGUUGGGUAAAGUGAGAACCAAACUGACAGUCACACUGAAAGAGCUGAACAUUGCUGAGGAUCAGAAUGGGAACCUGGGCUCCUUUACUCUAAUCUACAACCAGGGCUUUGAAGUGAACAUCCUCAACCACCUGCUCUUUGCCUUCUUUAAGUACGAACAGCGAGGAUCUAAUAUCACAAGCUACUGCCACGAAACCUUCCCAGGUUGGGUACAUGAUGUGCUGGGUCGCAACUGGGCCUGCUUUGUUGGCAAGAAAGUCUCUGCUGAAUCAGGUGUGAGGGUCAAUCCCGAUCCGUUCCCGAAAAAGGAGAUGCUCACAAGCAGGGUUUAUAACUACAACCACGACUUUGUGAAGCAGAUCAACACCGUGCAGAAGUCUUGGACUGCGUCCGUCUAUCCUGAAUAUGAAGGCAUGUCCAUUGAGGAUCUUGUCCGAAGAGCCGGGGGGCGCAACUCCAGAAUUCCAGUGAGGCCAAGACCAGCUCCAAUGCCUACUGACCAGAAAUACCAAGGCCUUCCUAAUGAAUGGGACUGGAGGAACAUCGCUGGAUUCAACUUUGUCAGCCCUGUUAGAAACCAAGGAAGCUGUGGAAGCUGCUAUGCCUUUGCCUCAAUGGGUAUGUUAGAAUCUAGAAUCCAGAUUCAGUCUCAGCUCUCUCAGAAGCCCAUUCUGAGCCCUCAGCAAGUGGUGUCCUGCAGCAAUUAUUCCCAAGGUUGUGAUGGAGGCUUUCCAUAUCUUAUUGCCGGAAAAUACCUCAACGAUUUUGGAAUUGUGGAAGAGUCGGACUUCCCUUACAUCGGCUCAGACUCCCCCUGCACUCUGAAAGACUCCUACCAACGAUACUACACCGCCGAGUACCACUAUGUUGGCGGAUUCUAUGGCGGUUGCAACGAAGCCUACAUGAAACUAGAGCUGGUACUCGGGGGCCCUCUCUCCGUCGCCUUCGAGGUGUACGAUGACUUCAUUCACUAUCGAAGUGGCGUCUACCACCACACCGGCCUGCAAGAUAAGUUCAACCCCUUCCAGCUGACCAAUCACGCGGUACUCCUGGUGGGAUACGGCACUGACCAGCAAACUGGGGAGAAGUACUGGAUUGUGAAGAAUAGCUGGGGGGAGUCCUGGGGGGAGAAAGGGUUCUUCAGGAUACGCCGAGGCUCAGAUGAGUGUGCAAUCGAAAGUAUAGCUGUAUCUGCAAAUCCCAUUAUUAAACUCUAGGCCUUGU